ACAACGACCCAGAGUUCCUGGUUGGAGUGCGCGGACUGGAAAAUCCGCUGUGUUUCAACACCGAAGGCCAAACAAACCAGGUCGUCAGACUGCUGCAGGACCCGCAGAGAGGAAUCGUUGUCAACGCUCGCCUCUUUUACGACAGCCUGACGAACAAAACCUACAUCGGAGCCGUCAUGAUCGCACGAGGUAACUUCCGCGUGCUUGGUAAACAACGCGUUGUUAUAGUGAACAACACCCGCCAUGAUUGGGGAGAGGUCAAGGUCUUCAACAUUGAUGGUAACAAAGUGGUGAUCAGGGAGAACAUCGUGGCCGUCACCUUCAAACAUCGCAUCACGUUGGCCAUCCAGCGACAUUUUGCAACCAGAGAUGACUACAUCGAUUAUGAUGCACUGGACAGAGACAACCCGGGCAGAUCAUCGUCGCUGAAUGAAGAUGACAGCGAGAGAGAUAGUGAUGAUAGCAGAGCUGAGAAUCGGGCAGACACCAGACCAGUCAUUGGCUAUGAGGAACAUGAAUCUGUCAUCAAUCACUUCUUGUCCUCUAAACGACGGAGGAGUCUUUUGUUGCAAAAGUUCUUCGGCAUCAACCAGGACAGGGCCGUCAUUAGAAAUCUGAUCGUUGAGCUUGACACGGAAGGUCGCAAGAAACGUGGAACGGCACCAACAGACAGUAAUAAGAAACAAAGCAAACUUACAGCACUGACCCAGUUGUACCUAAAAGACAAAAGUGGCACGUUACCAAACAACAAACCAGCUAAAUGGACUCAGAAUCAUAACACAGAUCACCACGAAUCUAUUGAGACAGACACGGGUUACCAGGGCACCGAGAAGUCUACAGAGCAGCCGAAACUACUAGGACACUACAGACAACGCCAAGCCCGUGAAGUUGAUGACGACAUGCUAGAAGGAGACAUAGAGAAGAGAAGGAACAAGACGACGUUUCUUGGCAUCUACAUUGCUGAUUCCAGGGAUUUCUCUAAUAAAACCCACGGGCUGUUAGGUCAGUUCCUGUUCAAAAACAUCACCCAGGAGAAAUUCUUCUUCAGCAACAAAAGAACGAAGGCUACGCUGCUCAUUCACGGAAACCCAAACCGCCGAACCGUGGCUCUGUUCACACUGAGGAGAAAUAUGGCCAUGAACGCAACCCGGUUCUGCUGGAAGAUUGGACAUCAAGGCCGCGAUGUCCUAGACGGCAGAUACUCCGACUAUCUGGUGCCAGCUCUCCGGUACAGCAACAUGAUAGAGCUUCCGCCUCCGCCUGCAUUAUGA